GUUGUUGAAAGCAUUGAUUCACAAGUCAUCAUCAACACAAAGUGAUCGGUCGUUCAACAGGGAGCUCGUCUCAUUUAAAAUUCAGGACGCUCCCAGUGAUAACGCGAUGUGCCCGCAGAGCCAGCAGUAAUUUCGAUUAACGCGAUCGUUUAAAUUAAAGUGCAAUUUGAAAUCUAAAUUAAGGAUCAUUAUUAAGUGUGAUAGAUAAUAUAAAAAUAAAGUGUUCCCUAUAUAAUAUAAUUUUUUUUACUUCAUUUAUAAGAAUUAUUAUAUACUGGCCCGAUUGUGGCAAGGAUCAUUAGAAAUCAAAAAAAUAAUAAUAAUAAAAAGAAAUUUUGUGCGAGUGAUAAAAAAUUUCAUCAAAUUUUUGAACCACCAUGACAACUGACAUCAGAAAUAGGGAUAAAUUGAUGUAUGCGAGUGAUGGAGGUAGUGCCGAUAAUAAUGAUCAUGAUCGUUUCGAACAUGACGAAAAUCGAGGAAAAUGGGCUUCGAAAACAGAAUUUCUAUUGUCCUGCAUUGGAUAUGCUGUGGGCAUUGGAAAUGUAUGGCGAUUUCCGUACCUGUGUUAUCGAAGUGGUGGUGGUGCUUUCCUCGUUCCAUACCUCUUGAUGCUGUUCCUCUGUGGCAUACCGUUAUUUUUCAUGGAAAUUAUCAUAGGACAGUUUUCAAGUACGGGAUGCAUUGAAAUGUUCAGACUGUCACCAAUAUUCAAAGGAACCGGAUAUGCGAUCGUGGUGGUGAAUUUCCUUUGUACAUGCUACUAUUCUGUGAUCAUUUCAUAUCCAGUUAUGUUUAUAAAACGAAUUUUAAAUAAAGACUUGCCAUGGGAUUCUUGUGAUAAUGCUUGGAAUACUGACAAAUGUGUUGAAGUUCUUGAGCUAGCAAAAAGAAACUACACAGACAAAAAUAGCUUCCGAACGCCAGCUGAUGAAUUUUUCCAUCUAGAACUACUAAAAAUCUCAAGUGGAAUCGAUGAGAUUGGUUAUAUUGUUUGGCCACUUUUUUGGUGUUUGGUCUUCACUUGGCUAGUUGUAUACUUUAGUAUAAUUGGAGGAAUUAAAACGGUUGGAAAAGUAGUGUACUUCACAGCUACUUUCCCAUUCUUCAUUCUAAUUAUUCUUUUCAUUCGUGGCAUCACACUUCCCGGUGCAAUGAAAGGAGUCAUAUUUUAUAUCAAACCGGAAUGGGCUAAGCUCUUGGAUCUAAAGGUUUGGGCUGAUGCAGCAAUUCAAAUAUUCUUCUCACUUGGACCUGGAUGGGGAGGCAUUGUUAAUAUGUCAAGUUUCAAUAAAUUCCAUAAUAAUGCCAAAAGCGAUGCAAUUCUUAUUCCAAUCAUAAAUUGUUCGACGAGCAUUUUUGCUGGUUUUGUGGUCUUUUCCGUGCUGGGAUAUUUAUCGGAGCAAUCAGGUAUUCCAGUAGCGGAUGUUGCUACUUCUGGACCAGGACUAGCAUUUGUUACGUAUCCACAAGCAAUUGCAAUGCUUCCACUUCCUCAUGUUUGGGCUGGAUUGUUUUUCACCAUGCUGUUCCUGUUGGGAUUAGACAGUGUGUUUGUCCAAAUUGAAGCUAUUAUAUCUUCAGUUCUAGAUGAGUGCGUUGGUUUGAGAAAGUACAAAUUUUUGGUGACAUUAGGAUCAUGCUCCGUUAUGUUUUUGAUGUCUGUUCUAAUGGUCACACAGGGUGGAAUGUACAUUUUACAACUGUUCGAUUGGUAUUCAGCUUCGGUGUCAGUAAUUUUGAUUUGUAUGAUUGAAGUCAUAAUCGUUGGAUGGUUUUAUGGUGUUGAAAACUUUACAAAUGACAUUUAUUUCAUGAUUGGCAGAUAUCCCGGAAGAUUAUGGUUACUUUGUUGGAAGUACAUCACUCCAAUUAUUUUAAUUGGAAUUUUCUUCACAUCGAUAGUUUUUAAUCGUAAUGUCACCUACAAUGGAGUUGAGUAUCCAAGUUGGGCGAUUGCUGUCGGAUGGUGCAGUUGUGGAGCAUCGAUAAUUUGUAUACCAAUUUAUUUUGCAUACAUGAUUUUGGCGAAAGAUGGCUCAGCUGGUGAAAUUCUUGAAUAUUAUUCCAAGGCUUUGGAUUGGACACCAGCGGAUGCUCAACAUAAGAGAGAAUAUGAAAGAUUUUUGAGAAGUCACAGCAAAGAAGUUGAAAUGGGAGUGAGAGUGCAAUGAAAAUUAGAUUUUUAAAUUUCAUUUAAU